AUAAUUCUCAACUUUUUUGCUUACCCUGGGUUUAUGAACGUGCAUUCCACGAUGCGAGGGAUGAAUCAGAUUGUGUUUGCUACUUGCCUCAUUUUCCUGGUGUCAAUUACAAUUAUAUGGAAAAAUGCUUCAGAGGGACGGAUUUCUGUCUCGAAAGCGUUCCUCAGUAGACCUGGAUAUCAGCAGUUGCGAACACACCUUCUUAUGCCCGCAAACAAGGCCAACAGUGGGCUGUGUCGAACAUUAACAUCGGCAAUGAUCAAUGAUUACCCUCCACCGGUACUACUCAACUGGGGACUUAAUGAAGGAGACCCCGCUAUGAAUGGAUACGACAUGACAACAGGAAAGAUAUGGGGUGUCCUGAAAUAUCUCCGAUCACUACCCCGGGAAGCUGAAAAUGACAUUGUCAUAACAAUUGAUGCCCAUGAUGUCGUGUUUCAACUGCCCCUUCCAAUCCUUCUGUCACGGUAUCAUGGCAUCAACAAUCGUGUGAAUGAAAGACUUGCCAGGCAGCAUGGCCUGGACGUAGUCAAGCAGAAAAAUAUAACGCAAACUAUUAUCAUGGGCGCUGAAAAAUACUGCUGGCCCUUGGACCACCGCCACCCCGCAUGUUACGCAGUGCCUCCAUCGCCGCUACGGCCCGAUGCAUACGGUAAAGACACGGAUAAGUCAACUGAAACAAACCGACCUCGCUGGCUGAAUUCCGGCACUAUAGUUGGCCCUGUCCGCGAUAUGCGCUUUCUAUACGAGUGGGUGCACUUGCUGUGGAGAGCGUACUACACGCGGGGCGGCGACCAGGAUUACUUCAGCUAUAUUUAUGGUAUGCAGGAACUAGGACGACAGAAGCUACGUGGAACCCAUGAUUGGGUAUUCGGUUUCAAUGAAUCAUUUGAUGAGAAAGACUUUGUGCCGACUCAUCUACCCGUGGAGCACACAGAUUACCAUCUCGGCCUUGACCUAGGGAGCGAAAUCUUUCAGGCCGUCAACAAAGCCUGGGAGGAUCUUUCACCUGUGGUACAUGAAAACAACACGCUUGUUGAUGAGCGAGACCGUGUUCAUGGGACUGCCAGUAUAUACCAGGAGCAUUUCCGAUACGCACAAGAUCUCAGUGAAAUUGCAUCUCCAUUUCAAGAUCUAAAGGGCACCGAAGCAGCAGAGACUGAACACCUGCUCAAUAUUAAUUGGCGUGGAGUGCCCCUUUUUACCAAUUUCAACUCCCGAUCUAUUCCCGUGGCCAUGCACCAUAAUGGCGACAAAAAGAAGAUGGAGGAAUGGUGGCAUCUGCUGUGGUGGAAAGGAAGGGGAAGGGACAUGAAAAACGCUAAAGAAAGAAAAAUGGGGAAGUCUGGAUUUUGGAUUUCAACUGAUUCCGGUCAUAGACUAACAUGGGACCAAAUCUGCGCUGACCACCAGGCGUCUGUUUUUGUGCAGAAAGAAAGUACCUGAGUCAAAGUGCUAGCAGCUGAUAGGUUAGUGACUCCAUAAAUGU